UGCCCGUAUGUGCACGUGAUUUGCAAAAUAAUGGCAGCAGCUGCAGAGCUGGAUAGUAGUAGCAGUUUGCAAACAGAACAUCUUUACUACGGAGACACUUACAAUUUUUCUUGUGAAGCAAAGGUGCUGUUAAUCAAGGAUGUCGACUUGGAGCAAGGAACAAAAGUGAUAGUGACAGACAGGACAGUCCUGCAUCCUCAAGGAGGUGGUCAACCUGCAGAUACGGGAAUGAUAAGAAGUAAAGAUAAAGAAACUUUUUUUAAAGUGAGCCAUGUUCAGAAACCAAACAAAGACAGCUUGUAUAUCGAACAUAUUGGAAAGUUUGAGGGCAAUGAGCGAGAGAGUUUUAGUGAUAGUGUUGUGGAAAUCAUUGUUGAUGAAGGAAGACGAAGACGAAAUGCGCGUCUUCACAGUGCUGGGCAUUUGUUGGAUUCAGCAUUUGACGUACUUGGACGGACAGAGCUGGAGCCCACUAAGGGCUAUCACUUUCCAGAAGGUCCAUAUGUUGAAUACAUUGGAAAUAUCCCACCUGAUGAGCGUGACAAGGUGAUUGCUGAUCUCAACCAGGAAGCUACACGUCUAAUUGAAGAGAACUCACAGGUCUUGGUGAGCAAAAACGAUCAUGGUGACAGGAUUGUCAAUGUUGGUGGGUCAGGCUGCCCAUGUGGAGGAACUCAUGUCAAGUGGACAGGAGAAAUCGGGCAACUUACAGUCACUAAAAUUACAAAGAAGAAGAAAAUCAUUCGUGUGUCGUAUGUCAUCAGUGACUGACAGCAUCUCAAUGUUUGACAUCGCCCUUUUUAUUUCAAUGUUAUUAAUGUCUAAGUUAGAUGAUUUCCAUGUAUUUUCAAACUGUGUGCAACAAAUGAACUAAAAACAAAAAACAGUCAUGG